AUGACAGAGUCGCUGUUAAUUUAUCUGCUUCAACUGUCAUCUUUGGACCUAUCUUUUGAAACCUAUCGGCCAACGGGUCGAGCAACAAAUGUUGAAGUUAGCGAAAUACACUCACUCAUUUGCAAACUAAUUUGGUCUUUCGAGAGACUCAUCUGGAACCCAGCUGAAUCUCUCGUUUGUGGUGUUCUCAGGCAACUGAAUGUGCUGCACCAGGCCGCCUCGUGCUUCAGUCGCUAUGAUAUUCGAGAUAUCGCGAUGAAUUUGCGGAAUGAUAACCACGAAAUUUCCUCUGAACUCCAAGGUGGCCCGAUGCCCUGGGAUAAACUGGUCUGGCGAAAGAUGAUAUUUCCAUCCGGAUUGGGAAGGCCAGAGCAGCUUUUGCGAACCUACGUCACCUGUGGCGUGGGCGUGAAAUCAGUUUCUCUGUCAACGGUCGAGUUUACAAUGCUGCGAGAGAGAAUCAUCAUCAUCAUCGACAGCAUGACAUUAGUGUUCAACACCGAUACUUCACUGCCGUACAACCAUGACUUAUUUGAAAGGCUUAUUGUAAAGAAAAGAGUGAAGGUGGACGGGGAAGAGCACGGUUCCGGUGUUGCUGAUUGUCUGCAAGCACAUUCAACCAUUUGGCAUGGGGCUUUCCUAAUAUUGGGCGAGAUGGCUCAAGUGAGUGCGAAUCUACUGACCGGAAGGUCCGUGGUUCGAAACCGAUCUCUGUCUCUCGACUUCCCCUGUCUGGGCUUGACCUGCCUGGCAGUAUCCAAAUCCUCAUGCUUCGUUCUGGUGGCUUGGAAGCUAGGCACCGAACGCGUGUUACAGAUGAAUGACUACAUGCUAUCUUCCUAG